AUGGCCCCACCUCGUACCCCCACUAGAGAUAGGAGUCCGCAGCGGAUAGAUACUGGUGUUGUAGCUGUCUCUAAUUCCGUCCAGCCGUCUCCGGUUGGUCCGCGUACCAGCCCUGAGGAAGGCCUGUCUCGGCGCACAAGUUGGAACAGAGCAGUCAACGACCCACUCGGACUAUACGCCUCUCAGCACGACUCGCUUCCAGGCCACCACGACGCUGAAAGCAUAUUCGACGAGCCAGAAUCUGUUCACCCAUACUUCUCUCGUCAAUCCAUCCAAUCUGAAGUAUCGUUUGAUUCCCCAACACUCGAUCCAGUCGAUGUAGACGACCACACUCGGCUUACAGAUGCUGCAGCUCCGCAUUGGCGCGGAGACUCGGCCGAGGAUGAAGGUCAGAGUGCAGCAUGGGGUGCGGUUCCCUCCACAUCGCGCCGUUCUCCUGCUUCUCCUAUGCGAAGCGCGACCUUGAAGGCCGUAUCCAAACAUCUCCGUCGUGUCAGUCUCCGAGUAGUCAACUUGGCAGGAGUUCAACUAGAAGACAAACCUAUGCCUCGCACCCCCGAACGUGAGGAUGUGCCACGACCAUUCCCUGACAGGGAACAGGGAGAGCCUAUUUCAGAGCCCGUGCCUCCUCCUGAACCCGAGGACGAACUUGACCGCAGCCAGCAUAUGCAGCUGCGUGGAAGGACGCUUGGUAUGUUUGGCCCCGAAAACGGGCUACGAAAGGCGAUGAGGGCUACUUUGCUAUGGCCAGGGACAGAGCCAAUCAUCCUCGUCCUUAUUUUCGCAAACGCGGUAUUUCUGACCACCCAGGCGUGGAGAUCAGUUUACGUUCACGAACGUGUAGAUGGUUAUUUCAAGACUUGGGAAGAUUACGGCUUGUUCGUCCUGUUUUGCAUUUUCACUGUGGAGAUGAUAGCCCGCAUUAUCGUAUCCGGAUUUGUACUAGACCCAGAAAUCAAGCCUUCUAGCGUCGGCCAAUGGCUGCGAGACCUUGCACCAGGCGACAACUUUGCAGCUCGCGCACGCUCUGUCCGUCGCAAGGUAUUUGAACAACGCGCUCCCUAUGCGCAACACGCAGUUUCAGAUUCCACGACCGCCCUGUCUGAGAAGUCGCCCAAGGCUACGCUCACCUUUGCUCUGGCGUCCCAAGUCGGUGUUGCGUCUGCCCAUGCAUCCCGCUCUGAUACCACGGCUCGCCCCGGGCAACCGCACCCCCAACAUAUUCAGUCCCAGAGCGGCACUUGGUACUUGCAUCAUGCUACCGACACACCUUUUCAAAUCGCUGUCGCUCGCCAACGAAUUCUCUCAGAGCAGAGCAGCACGUAUUUGCGCCACUCGUGGAACCGGACCGACUUUGUGGCCGUAUGCUCGUUUUGGAUCAUGUUUGGCUUAGCGAUUUCUGGCAAGGAGAACCAGCCGAAUAUGCACUUGUAUGUGUUUAGGGCUCUGAGUGUGCUGCGUACUGCUAGGUUGCUGGCUGUAACCAAGGGCACAUCGACUAUUAUGCAUUCACUGAAACGAGCAGGUCCACUACUCACUCGUGUCACCCUCUUUGUUCUUUUCGCAAUCAUUCUCUUUUCGAUCGUCGGCGUCCAGUCAUUCAAGGGCAGCUUCAGACGUACCUGCGUUGUCGCCGACUCGAUAGCCGAUAUUGGCGGUGAAAACUCGAUCGCGUUAUCCCAAAACUGCGGCGCAUGGAUAGACCCCGCGACGCUUCUCCCAGCCGGAUACGUCGACUCUGACGGAAACCGAACCAACGAAGCCAAAGGAUUCACAUGCCCUUUGGGCCAGAUCUGCGUCGAGGCCGCUCAGAACCCGCAAAACGGCACCCAGGCUUUUGAUAAUUUCUUUUUGGCGUCCAUGCAGGUCGUUAUUGUGGCCUCGGUCAAUACGUGGGCUCCGGUCAUGUAUCAAAUGAUGGAUACCGAUUUUUACUUCUCAUUUGCUUUUUUUAUCGUUUGCGUACUUGUUCUGAACUUUUGGCUUAUCAACUUGUUCGUCGCUGUGAUCACGAACAUGUUUGGAGCUAUCCGCACUGAAACCAAGAAGAGCGCUUUUGGUGCUACCGACUCAGAUCAAACUAACGAAGAGGAAGAAGAAAAGACGGGUUGGUCAGCCAAGGGGAAACGCAAAAGGGCGCCAAGUUUUAUUCGCAAGUGUUACGAAUGGCCUCCUGUUACCUAUUUCUGGGUGGCCCUGAUUGUCGUGAGCUUUGGGCUUCAAGCUUCCAAAACGACUGAUUCGUCGCCUGAGUAUUUGGACAAGCUGGACCAAGCUGAGUUCAUCCUAACCAUUGCAUUUGAUGUGGACAUUAUAUGGCGGGCUCUCGGGUACCUUCCGCAAUGGAGAGACUUUUUCAUGAAGAAGAAUAACAAUUUGGAUCUGGUACUUGCUAUCGGAUCAUCGAUUAUUCAAAUUCCCGCUAUCAAGCACUCGGAGGUCUACCCGUGGCUCACGAUCUUCCAGCUCGCCCGAUUUUAUCGAGUCAUUUUGGCGGUGCCGCGUAUGAGACCGUUACUUCUUCGUGUGUUUGGGAAUAUGACUGGUUUGGCCAACAUGGUUCUAUUCCUCAUAUUGACCAACUAUAUCGCGGCCCUGGUUGCGAUACAACUCUUGCGUGGAGAUUUACCGGAAGAUACGGACAUGAAUUACUCUCAGAUUCCUUUGAGCUUUAUUGGGAUGUAUCAGAUCUUUUCGUCUGAAAACUGGACGGAUGUUCUAUACAAUGCUACAGCAUCCGAGGUUCAAUUUAAACAGACGAUCAUUGUGGCGAUCUUCUUGUGUGGAUGGUUCUUUUUUGCUAAUUUCAUCUUAUUGCAAAUGUUCAUUGCUGUCAUCAAUGAGAACUUUGAUGUUGCGGAAGAACAAAAGCGCGAGGAACAGCUAGCGGCCUAUCAACGAAAAAUUCAACCUCGAGUUGCUCGUCUGGAAUGGAUGGAGAAAUGGAAUCCGUAUCGAUUCUUCAAGUCCGAGUCCACAUCGACAGCAACGGGCGGAUCUGGUGUGAAUAGGAACAAAUCUAUGCUUCAGCGCAUCCGUCGUUCCAGAACACAUGCGCGCAAAGCCUCGUAUCAUAGUGACUUUGACGAACCCAAAGGAUUUAUUGCCAUACUUAGGAAGUUCUUUGCGCUUGAUCCACCCGAGUCCGAGGAUGUGCCUAUGCAGAAUAUCCGAAAGCGCCGGCCUACACUCACCAUACUGGGAGAUGAGACUGUGGAACUGGAGCGUCAUUUAGAAAUCCUUUCCGCCACUAAUCCAAACGAUAUCCCCGACGAUCGAAGGUUCGAGCGAGAACAACGGUCCAGAAAAGCCGAGUUUAUUCGUGCCCACCCUACAUUUGAUAAGACAUUUUGGAUCCUAUCUCAACAAAACCCAUUGCGCAGGUUUUGCCAGAUGCUAGUAACACCCUCAAACGGGGAUAGAAUUUACGGCCGGCCUCCUUCCCCUGUCCCUCAGGCUAUUUUCCAACUUGUGAUCAUGCUUGUGGUAAUCAGUGGUAUAGCGAUUGCGGCCGUCGCCACUCCAGUUUACCGCCGAGAAUACUUUAGGGACCGUGGUGGACGUGUUCAUCUGGCUUGGUUCGAUAUUGCCGAAGCAACUUUUGGGCUUAUACUAGUUCUCGAGCUGGUCAUCAAAGUCGUGGCCGACGGAUUCAUCUUUACACCAAAUGCCUAUGUUCUCAGUGUUUGGAACUUGGUUGAUCUUGCUAUUUUGGCUGCUCUACUCUCAAACGUAAUCACUUCCCUGAUUAUCAUUGGAGGAAUUAGUCGACUUACUCGGUCCUUGAAAGCCUUUCGCGCCCUGAGAUUGAUCACGCUGGUGGGCAGGAUGCGCGAAACUUUCCAUUCAGUCAUGUUUGCUGGAGCGAAUCGGAUAUUUGAAGCCGGAAUGCUGGCCAUGCUGUACAUGCUUCCCUAUGCGUGCUGGGGCCUUAAUAUCUUUGCGGGAAGGUUCUACCUGUGUAACGACGAAGACGCCUCUGGAAAAGCCGAAUGUGUUGGCGAAUAUAUGAGUUCGCCGGUGGAUGAUAGCCUUGGAUUUCUUGCCCCCAGAUCCUGGGACAUUCCGUCCCCAUCGACCACUUUUUCAUUUGAUACUUUUGGAUCGUCUCUACUUAUCCUAUUCGAAAUUGUGUCGCUCGAGGGGUGGAUUGACGUACUAGUUGUUGCGCUGGGCCUGAAAGGAAAAGACGAACAACCAGGACACAACGUUGCACAAGUCAAUUCGAUAUUUUUUAUGGUCUACAACUUGAUGGGAGCCGUCGUUAUUCUCACACUCUUUGUCAGCAUUAUCAUUGGCAACUUCUCAUCUCGCUCCGGAAUGGCUUUGCUGACGACCGAGCAACGUCAAUGGAUUGACCUCCAAAAGCUGAUCAAACGACAAAGGCCGGCAAAACGCCCUAAAGUCCGCCCUCAAGGCGUCUUUCGAGAAUGGUGCUACGACCGAGCCGUACGGAAACACGGUUUCUGGGCCAGAUUCAUGACAGUAUUCUAUGUAUUCCAUAUUUUGGUCCUAAUGUCCCAAACGUUUAGCAACUCAAUCCUUGACAAUUUUUUCCGGAAUGCUGUGUUUUUAUUCCUCGCUCUCGUUUACGCUCUGGAUAUUUUUAUUCGGCUUUCUGGACUAGGAUGGAGAAGCUUCAAAGGCAAUGGCUGGAACCUAUUCGAUAUUGUCGUCGUUAUUGGGAACUUUGCUACUGGAAUCCCAAUAGUGUUCGGAUCACAAGGGUUUCUCAUCGAACAGCUACAAAAGCUGUUCCUCGUCAGUAUUGCAUUCAAGCUGGUUCAGAAGAGUGAUAACCUCAAUCAACUUUUCAAGACUGCAGUAGCAUCUCUUCCUGCCAUCAUGAAUUUGUUCUUGCUCUGGUUUACAUUGUUUAUCUUCUAUGGGAUUAUAUUCAUGGAAGUCUUUGGACUGACGCGGUGGGGUGGUGCCGAGACUCACAACCAAAACUACUCAAGCCUUGGGAAUGCACUAUUGAUGCUGGCAUUUAUGAGCACUGGAGAAGGCUGGAAUGAAUAUAUGCAUGACUACACCGUGGAGUAUCCAAGAUGUCAGAAUUCCUCUCCGAUAGAGCCCGAUUCUGAUUGCGGUUCGGCGGCCUGGGCAUAUUUCUUGUUCAUUUCGUGGAACAUUUUGAGCAUGUACAUCUUUGUCAACAUGUUCACUGGUGUGGUAGUCGAAAACUUCAGCUACGUUUUCCAAUUGACUGGUGAAAUGUCAAUUUCUCGAGAAGAAAUGCGUGCAUUCAAGAAGGUGUGGGCUGAAUUCGACCCAGACCGGACAGGAUUCAUCUCUCGCAGAUCUCUUGUGCCAUUUUUCUCGAAACUGCGGGGGAUCUUCGAAGUCCGUCUCUACCCGGAAUCGCUGAGUCCUCAGGCAUUGGUGAAGGCAACAAAGAUGAAUAAUCCAUUGGCAUAUCGCUCAACUAUUACUGGAGAAGAAAUUCCGGUGCCACUGAAUAUGAGGCGCCUGAAUUCGAUGCUCAACGGCGUGGACUAUGCUGAAGUUCGAGCCCGGCGUCAAACGUACAAUAGACUUUUCUAUGAGGCUCGAAUUCUGGAAGAGGAUCCUGGGAUUUCUUUCACAAAUAUGUUGUUACUUUUGGCUCAUCAUAAACUAAUUGAUGACAGCAAGGCAUUAAGGGUCGAGGAAGCUUACCGCCGGAAGAUAACCACUGACCACGUUACAGAACUGGUCAAUCUUGACCGGGCCCGAGAAAAACUAGAGGCAGAACGCCGUGUCAAGAGUGGAGUGCCUGCAAUUGUUGUUGAGGAUCUACCAAGCUCGCCACCCCCGACGACUUCGAGAGACAUUGCUGGAGGACUCAGUUCACCUAUUAACUCCCCGCGACAGAGCUUCGAGAGACAUAGUAACCAUGAUCACACUGGUUAUUUUGGACGAAUAGGAAGUGCGCCAAAUUCACCCAUCACCUCGACCCCGAUUCCAGGUCAUCAACGCCAAAUCAGCGACGCAAGCAUGCUUUCAGCGGACAUUACAUCCAGUCCCACUGUGGCUCCCCGAUAUUCUCAAGAUCAAUCCGCCUCCGUCUCUCGCAGGCCGUCUGUAUGGGGAGAUAUUAUUCAGGCCGCUGGGGAGAAGAAAGACGAAGAACCGUCAAUUCGGCGCUCGAAUUCCCAAUCGACACUUUAG